CCGCACUGUGAUGAACGUCCUGCUGUUUUUUUGACAUGUGGACAACAUGUCCUCUGUCAGGACUGUUUUGAUGGGAUGGUUUGUGCUAGCCGUCCUGCUGAAUGCUGUGUUGGUGCAGCUCUCCUUGGGUAUCCUUGUGAACAUCCACAUCAUCCUCACGUGGGGAUGACGACGACGAAGAAGAAGAGGAAGAAGAGGACGACGACGAAGGAGAAGGAGAAGGAGAAGGAGAAGGAGAAGGAGAAGGAGAAGACGACGACGACGGAGAAGGAGAAGGAGACGACGACGGAGAAGGAGAAGGAGACGACGACGGAGAAGGAGAAGGAGACGACGACGAAGAAGAAGAAGAAGACGAAGAAGACGAAGACGAAGAAGAAGACGAAGAAGACGAAGACGAAGAAGACGAAGAAGACGAAGAAGACGACGACGAAGACGAAGACGAAGACGACGACGACGACGACGACGAAGAAGAAGAAGAAGAAGAAGAAGAAGAAGAAGAAGAAGAAGAAGAAGAAGAAGAAGAAGGAGAAGAAGAAGACGACGACGACGACGACGAAGAGGAGGAGGGAGAAGAAGAAGAGGGAGAAGAAGAAGAGGGAGAAGAGGGAGAAGAAGGAGAGGGAGAAGAGGAAGAAGAAGAAGAAGAAGAAGAAGAAGAAGAAGAAGAAGAAGAAGAAGAAGAAGAAGAAGAAGAAGAAGAAGAAGAAGAGGGAACCAGUGUCAUGUCCCUCCAUAUCUGGCCACCAUCAUCUCUCCCUCCAUCAUCACCUCCAAGUCUUUAUCAAUAAGAAAUAACAAUGAAUGGAAAUUCAAUGAAUGAACAAGAAUCUA